AUGGGUGUCAUGCGUCUCCCUCGCCCAACGGGCAUUUAUGUCCCCAAUUCGCCACGAACCCUAACCAACGACAUGAUCUCUCCACCACUAUCCCCAGAAUUCAGCUUCGACUCUGAGACAGUCAUUCCCUCUCUUCUCCCAGCUCUGGAAUAUAUCUCUACCAAACUCCAACAAAGAAUGAUGCACGUUACUCUCUUAAUCGGCCGAGGAAAGCCCUACCCAACCGGCCAACCCUCCGAUCUGAUGAUCAUCCCCAUUCACCCAAUCGAGCAACAAGCAUGGCGAGUCCUUGAGCGGGCCAUCGCCAAAGGCGCAAAGAAAUUCGCCCUCGGUCCCAGCUGGAGCGACGCUCUGAGCCGCAGCCAGUACGAGCGCCAGGCAAACGAUCACCUUGUCAAACAAUCCAUUCUCCAGAACGAAGUUGUCUUCAGCCAGGAGGGUCUCACUCUUCUAAACAUGGACCGUAUCUAUACCUUCAAGCGCCGCAUGUGCAUUCUCUCCACCCGCCCCUUCUCCCGCAACGACGAACAAUCAAUGUCAUCCUGCAUCCGACUCCUACAUCGCAUCGUAGCAGAUUUCUCCGGUCGCCCAUUCAGCAAAGCAUUCUUCCACCGCGUUUACGAACAGCUCGAUGUUCCAGACGAGCAGCUGACUGCUGUCGCAAUCGCAUACAAGAAAGUCCACAAACAGGAUGCUAUCAUUCUUCCCGCACAGGCGACCGUUCAAGCGACCAUUCAACCAGUUGAACAAAAAGUCGAAAAGGUCGAAAAGGUCGAACCAAAGAUUGAAGUGAAAGCCCAGCCUAAAGCUCCAGUUAAGGCUCAGGCUAGAGCAUCGGCCAGAGCUGAUCGCAUCAUUCUCAAACCCAAGGCUGAACCUAUCCCUAUCCGCGUCAAGGCCGAACGCCCACGCGAGGUGAAAAGGUCGUCUGUCCAUACUGUUCGCGGUCGCAGACAACCCCCAGUAUCGAAGAUGCGACACACUAAACGUGGGCCGAAGACUCCUCUUUCUGCGUCGGAUGUCACGCCCAUCACGCGCAAUGAGUGGAAUAUUCUUGUUAGCCAGGACAUCCGGUUGAAGCCUAAGGUCACUAAGUGGGUUCCGUCGCCGACCGUGCUGGCUGCUGCUUGA